AUGAAGGGGUUGCAGAGGGCUGCACGUCAUGGCACCUACGCGACGCAGUUCUGGACACGGCCCAGUCACCCGCCGCAUCGCUCGCGCCGUGCGAUGUUGACGGCGCACUCAAAAAAAGCCAUUCAGCGUCGUCUGGUUUUACCGCUUGAUGCACAUGACUGGGGGCGCGCCCUCGAAGUGCUCGACGCCAGUUAUGCGACACUCGGGCGUAGCGCGGAGGAUUAUCAACGAGUCAUCCGUGGCAUCGCUCAAGAAACGGCACCGCAGCGGCGUUGGAACGCAUUGCAUACGCUGAACUCAUUGCGGGACAGGGCGUAUAUGGGCGAAAUUGCGUCUAGUAGUGAGUUGUGGGUCUCACUUGUGUGGGCGUAUGCCCGUCUGCGCUAUCCACACGAAGGAUACGAGUGUUUGCUGCAGGGGGAGCGGCGCUUUGAUUUUUCGUCACUCACAAAGCAACAUUUAGGUGAGACUCUCUUGCCACUAUUGGCUGAACACGGCAUGUUGGAUGAGGUUAAGUACGUUGUGGAAAACUUCUUGGGCACAGGUGGGAGCCGUCAUGAUAGGGCGCGCAUCGCAAUUCUUGUGGCAGAGGCCGCCGCUAGAAGUGGCUCCUGGGAGCAUGCCAUUGCGACAGUACAGCCCAGAAUAGACACCUCAGCGACAGGGGCCAAUUCACGUACACUGGCCUCUCUGUUUGUUUCAGAGGAAGCAAACAACGCUCAGGAGGAGGCGCCACAGACAUCGCGGAACAUGUGGCAGCUGUCAACGGAGGCGCUACGGUGCAUGAUGUGCUCUAUGGCAGACGAUGGACGGUGGAGGAUGGCCCUACAAUGCUUACAGGAAUUGCGGCGCCGUUGCGGUAAUGACAAUCUUUGCUUUACCAGUGCCACCUCUGGGAAUAACCAUAGGAGUGGAGGUGCUCAUAGUGGUGUUGCAAGUGAGACAGGAGAGGGAUGUCCGUCACCGCUGCAACAAGAACAACGGCAGAACCAGAAACAUCAGGAAUUGUCACUCUCAGAAAAUGAGUUGCAGCGGCUUCUUAAUUGCUUGGGGAGCCAUCAUCGAUGGGAAGAGGCGACUGCACUAUUUGCAUCACAGUAUUUUUCUGAUAAUUGUACAACAGGCAAUAAAAAAAUGCGGCCUUUGCAUUCCACAACGUUAAAUCUUCUUUUUGCCUCGUUCCCACGAGAGACGAAAGAGUACUGCCUAGUUGCGCCGGAUGACCAGCCUGAGCCACACGCUUCCAGCAUUGACCCUCACUGGAAGGGGAAGGAGACCGUAGCACUGCAGCUUGAUGCGUUACACCACCCACAGCACGUUGUUGAUUUGUUCGAUUGGCUUCUUAGCGAGCGGGAUGACGUUGCUGUUACGGAUUGGGUGAUGGCCGCGGUCGGGCCCUCGUUGGUGCAGCUGGGGGGAUGGGAGAGGGCGCUGCAUUUGCUUCGGCAAACCCCAUCCUUUUCUUCGGCUAAACCACCCGCCUGCACUCUGGAGGCGCACCGACAGGUACGGAAGCGACUUACUGCGCUUCUCUAUUACCUGCAUGGCACCAUCUCGCUGGAGUCACGGUACUACACGAUGUAUCACUUCCCUUUUGCGUUUCCGAAGGAGGCGUUUAGGGAUCUUCCUCCGCCCUCCGAGCUUUUGGGGCGCUUGAAGCAAAGAGGAGAAGAGGAGCAGACACCAUUGAUGACGGCUCCUUUUGCACCCAAGACCACCACGCCACGGCGGUUUGCGUCACAGCGUCUGUCCGCCAUUGUGCAGCACACUGAAAAAUAUGAUGAUGAACUCAGGCGCCGCCUGGCAAUGUUGUACGCUAACCGCGCCAACGCCUUCCGCGAGGACGAUGCGGAGAAGGACCCGCGCCCACUUCCUAAAGGACUACAUGAUACAGCAAACGGGUGGAACUUCUAUGGUCGCGGUGGGGAGAUGGUUUUUGCAAAUCACAAACGGACGGCACACCCUUUUUCGAUGCAUCCAAAAUUGAUGCGAUCAUUAGCGGACCCGUAUCGUGGAUGGAAUCCGAUGCAAAACAGCUGUUGGGCUCAUCGUGAACGUGUAAGAAAGUGGAAUGGCAGUAGCGCAGUCUAA